GUAUCACGCCGACCGGCAUCGGGAUAGCACAGGGUAUCGCUGCGGAUGUGCCGUGGAACUUGGAAGCUCUCCGAAUAGUCGUAGCCCGGAGGAGGACAGGACCGUCAGUGGCAGCGAAGGCACCUUUUGAGGAUCGUAUCGAAGCAUCAGCAUGGAGGAAGAUACUCUAGUUCUGGAAGACUCGUUCGAUGAGUUGGCUACCUUUCCGAGCGCCGAAACGACGCCCAGGACUGGAUCCAGCUUGGACCCGCUCACGACGAUCGUUCAGACGAUCCUCACCGAGACCACCAAACUGCUGGUAUCGAGCACGGUGCCCAGUACCUCCACGAUGGACGAUACGACAGCUUCCAGCGGUUCCACCACAUCCGGCCCCUUGACAGCCUCCUGGAACUUGGAGACUACUACGCUGGGAGCCAUCACCACCAGCACCGAGGCGUUGGCUGACACUCUUCUCUUUUCCUGGUUCGACUACACGAUCUUCGUGCUGCUGUUGGGUUUCUCGGCCAUCAUCGGCGUGUACUUUGGGUUCAUCUCGAAGAUCAAGCAGAACAACACGAAGGAGUAUCUGCUCGGGGGCAAGACCAUGAACAAGUUCCCCGUUUCGGCGUCCCUCAUCGCCAGCCAUGUGUCAGGGAUCACCAUGCUGGGGGUCCCUUCGGAGAUGUACAGUCACGGGACACAGUACUGGAUGUUCAUCAUACCCGCCGUUGCAGUGGCGUUCCUGAUGAAGAUGAUCUACCUGCCGGUGUUCUACGAUCUCCAAGUGACGUCCGCCUUCACGUAUCUGGAGAUGCGCUUCGACAAGUUUGUCCGCUCGGCGGCCAGUCUGGUGUACGCGAUCCAGUGCAUUAUCUACAUCCCGAUCGUGAUCUACGUGCCGGCGCUCGCCUUCAGCCAGGUCACGGGCAUUAAUCUGCACGUCAUAACCCCGAUCAUCUGCGUGAUCUGCAUCUUCUACACCACCGUCGGCGGUCUGCGGGCAGUCGUUUGGACCGAUACGCUCCAGUUUGUGCUGAUGGUCGGGGCCUGCAUCGCGGUGAUCGCUCUCGGCACCGUCUCGGUCGGUGGAUUCGCCGAAGUCUGGCAAGCGGCCGAACGGGGCAAGAGGCUGAUCUUCUUCAACAUGGACCCGGACCCGUUCGUGCGUACCUCGUUCUGGACGGUGAGCCUCGGGCUGACCACGCUCUGGGUGUCCAAUCUGGCCGUGAGCCAGGGUUGCGUGCAACGGUUUCUGGCCGUCCCGGACCUGAGGGUGGCCAAAAACUCGCUGAUCAUCUUCACCGGUGGGCUGAUCUUCAUCAAGAGCUGCUCCUGCUUCAUCGGGCUGCUGAUCUACGCCAAGUACGAAGCGUGCGAUCCGUACACCACGCACAGGAUCACCAAGAUCGAUCAGAUCCUGCCGUACUACAUCAUGGACAUCGGCUCGAAGAUUCCCGGUCUGCCGGGGCUGUUUGUGUCGGGCAUCUUUUCGGCGGCCCUCUCCACGAUGUCCUCGGUACUGAACACGUUGGCGGGCACCAUCUACGAGGACUUCAUACGCCACCGGAUGCCGAACGCGACCGAGAAGACGGCCAGCAACAUCAUGAAGCUGUUGGUGGUGGCGCUCGGUUUCCUCGUGCUUGGCCUAGUGUUCGUGGCCGAGCGGAUGGGCCAGGUGAUGCACAUUGCCAUCUCGCUGUCGGGUGUCACUUCCGGCACGAUGCUCGGUAUGUUUACGGCCGGUAUGGUCUCCCGGCGCAUCAACACGAAGGGCAUCAUCAGUGCCGCGGUGGUGUCGAUGUGUCUCACCGGCACGAUCAUGAUCGGUGCACAGCUCAACCCGAAGGCUCCGAUGUUGCCACUCCGUACGGAUGGUUGUGAAGUCCCGGAGCUACUGGCCAACCUGACGACCGUGGCCACCAGCAUGGUGGAGCCCGCCGAUACCGUGCCGCUGCUGUUCAAGCUCAGCUUCAUGCACUACUCGUUGGCCGGCCUGUUAAGCUUUUUCGCCGUGGCUUUCCUGGUCAGUGAGCUGACCGGUGCCGGUGACAUUACGGACGAGCGGCUACUGGCACCGUUCCUGCGCAUCUCGGACAAACUGGAGAAGGAGCUGACGGUGCUGAAGCAACACAUCAAGUACGACGGGCUCGAUUUCGCACUGCGUGACCUCCAGAAGCCGGUCGAUCUGGAGAAAAAGUAAUCGAUCGAUCGGAUGCGUUCGUUCCGGAGUUUGUACAUAAAUUUGCUGCGCCCCGUGCGCAAAGUUCUUCCGCCAGAUGACGGAGGGACCAACAAGUAACGUCUUAUAUUUCCCAAAGCAAGCAUAAUUUUGCAUAAUUAACGCACACUUGCAUUUCGUUUCGUUUGUAUUUCGGCUUCUAAGGAUACUCUCACGAAAGCUACAGGUUCGGUCAGACCAGGGUGCGAGGUUUGCAAGGAUGUAUAAUUAGGCCGGUGCCCAUCUUCGCUAAAAUAAAACCAACAACCA